AUGGCCCUAGAGCUACAUGUCUGGGGCCCUGCAUUUGGGUUACCAUCAAUUGACGCCGAGUGUAUUGCUGCCGUUGGCUACCUCAAUUCCACUGUUCCACGAGAAGAUUGGAGACUUGUCGCCAACCAUGACACUGCUCUCAGGAAAUUUCCUCUCCUCAUGGAUGGCUCUUCCAGAACGGCUGGCUUCGCAAGCAUUGUCUUAUACCUGCGAAAAAGAACGCUGGGAAGCUAUGAUCUUGACAUUGAUCUAAAUCAGAAGCAACAUAAUAAUAAACUUGCUUUCGCUUCGUUCCUCGAAUCUACUGCCACCCCCCUCAUCGAUCUAUCCCUCUACGUCUCAGCGGAGAAUUACAGCGCAAUCACCACAUCCUCGUAUACCGCGAUUCUCCCAUGGUAUCUGAAUUACACUAUUCCUCCGACGCGACGCGACCAAGCAAGGAUACGUACUGGGCAUUUAGGCCUCAGCAGCCUUGACGUACAAUUGCCUGAUAACAAAGAUGAUAGCAUUGGGUUGGGCAAUGAUUUCGAAUCACGAAAGCGAGCCGCAGGAAUACCAGGAGAGGGUCGCACGACACAAAACAGCAUACUCAAUAUGGGCCGUGCAAAGGGCAUUGGGGGCUUACUGAGUUCUCCUAUAUAUGCCGCCCGUUUCAAACUCGACGCACUGUCGAAUGAGCUCCUAGAGCCAUUGUCGGAGCUAUUAGGCAACAAGGAAUAUCUCCUUGGAAACGGAAAGCCUUCCAGUCUUGAUUGCCUCACCUUUGGCUACCUUGCUCUGAUGCUGUAUCCUUCGGUCCCUCAAGCUUGGCUGAAAGAGGCAGUCGUCACUAGAUUCCCACGCAUUCAUGAUUAUGUCACUCGCCUCAGGGAGCGGCUGAUAGGCAAUGAAGAAGUAAAGGUUUCCGACGCAUGGCCAACAACGAAUCUUCCUCAACAGCGACAGCAACCCAGUCUGCCAUGGAAAAUCCAGGCGCAGUCUGGGCUUGUCUACACAACUAGAUCUAUCACACGUGAGAUCUUGAAUAAUUUCCCAGUUCUCUCUACAAUAUUCAGACCUGGGACAAUAAUUCAGGAUAGAUCAAUGGUAGUAAGGGGCUCUUCUUCGUCUCUUCCUUCGGCCCUUAUGGUAAAUAUAUUGAUGGGCUUCUCUGCUGCAGCCAUAACCGCAUUCUUUGGCUUUGCUGCUCAUCACAAACGUUCCCCUAGAGAAGGAGACUGGUUGAUUCUUUGGGCAGCACAGCGCCCAAGUACAGGUCUAGGGGAAGCCGGGAGCUUCCUCAGUGUGUUCGCCAACGAAUUACCAAUAAGAUAGACGGAUCAUCAUGUGUUGGAAAACAAAAACACUUUACCUACUGGCGCCAAUGAUACCCAUUGUUUCAAUGAAGCAUUACUUACCACAGCCUAUGAUCCGAAUCAUUGAUAGCGGUUGUUAGGGACUGCGCAUCGAGACGUCUAGGACCGCUUUAGAAUCGUUGUGAGGCUGUAUCCUGGCUAGGGUCCAUAUCUUUCUCUGCCCUGCAUCCUUCCACGGAGAUCUCGGGUAUCAAUGGAUCACACGUGAUGAUGAAUGUUCGAUGGGUCUUUGAGAAUGUGGACGGGAACGUCAAAGCUGGCAAACCAGGACAGACC